AUUGUCAUCACCCUUUCCUCCCUUUUUUUCUAUCAGAUCAGCCUAAUUCUUGAAUAUCUUCGCGAUUGCGACCGCCUGCAAUGCGCUUAUAAUCACAUAUCCCCCGAAAACCUCUAAAUUCCCUCCGACCUACCUCCGCCUUCAUACCACCGUCCAGUCGCCAUGACCGUCACGUCGAUUCAGAAUGUCGUCCCCAAUCGCCUCACAACCGACCCCACCGAGCGAAAGGCCGCGAAACCCCUUCCGCAGGUGUAUAAUGCCAUAGACCACCCGUUCAAAGGGUACCACCCACCGCAGCCGGAGGGAUACCAGCAGAGCAAGGCGAAUCCGGACAGCAGUGCGAUAGUUAUUGAUAAUGGCUCGAAUCUCAUCAAAGCCGGCUGGUCCUUCGACAAAACCCCCCGCCUAGUCUUCCCCCCUGUGAUGGCACGAUACCGUGAUCGAAAACUCAACCGAGCAUGUCAGUUUAUCGGAUACGAUUCGUACGUCGAUGCCACGACACGAGGACAGCUGCGGAAUGCGUUCGAUCCCGGUACGAGCGUGGUUGGUAACUGGGAUGUUAUGGAAGGGGUGCUGGACCAUACUUUUAUCAAGCUAGGUGUUGAUGGGGCGAGUGGUGGUGUCGAUCGGCCUAUUGUUAUGACGGAGCCGAUUGCGAAUUUGAGUUAUCCGAGACGAAUGAUGAACGAGAUUCUAUUCGAGUGCUACUCUGCGCCGUCGGUCGCCUACGGAAUCGAUUCGCUGUUCUCAUACCGGUAUAAUAAUGGAAGGAAUGGAUUGAUUGUCGAUUCGUCCCAUACCGCUACGCAUGUUAUUCCUGUUCUCGACUCGAAACCUCUCCUUUCGAACUGCUCGCGAUUGAACUGGGGCGGUAUUAACGGUUCCGAAUACCUUCUAAAGCUGAUGCGUCUCAAAUACCCUACCUUCCCCGCACGGAUGACAGAAAGUCAGAUGCAAGAUCUCGUCCACAACCACUGCUACGUGUCUAAGGACUAUGACCAGGAGCUUGGCGGGUUUCUGGACUGGACGGGGCUCGAAGAUCGAGACCAUAUUGUCCAGUACCCCUUCACAGAGCACGUCGUACCGGAGAAGUCGGAAGAAGAACUGGCGCGGAUCGCAGAGCGGAAGAAGGAAAGCGGCCGUCGACUCCAAGAACAAGCCGCCAAGAUGCGGCUUGAUAAACUUAUGAAGAAGGAGCAGGAAUUGGAAUACUACAAGGAUCUACAGCGGGGUCUUGCCUCUGAACCGAAGAAGGAAAUUAGACGCAUCCUGGAAGCGGAGGAUCUGAAGGAUGAAGCGCAUCUGGAUCGAUUGAUCCGGGAUUUGGAGCGCUCCAUCCGACGGUCGAGGAAUAAGGAUCUAGGAAUCGAGGAGAAUGAAGAACCGGCUGAGGAAAUGUCGUUUCCGUUGUUGGAUGUUCCGGAUGAGGAACUGGAUGAAGCAGGCUUGAAGGAAAAGCGACACCAGCGGUUAAUGAAAUCUAACGUUGAGGCAAGACAACGUGCCAAGGCGGAGAAGGAGGCCGAGAAAGCUCGUCGCGAGGAGGAAGAGCGGUUGGAUCGGGAAAAGCGCGAAAAUGAUUUCGAGUCUUGGAUUGGCGAACGGCGACAGGCCCGACAGAGCGUCCUGCAAAAAAUGAAAGAGCGCGAUCGGAUGAAGGCCGACCUUGGCAACCGCAAAUCCCUCGCCAGCCAAAUGCGCAUGAAGACCCUAGCCAACCUAGCCUCAGAUGGUCCGAAGAAGCGACGUCGUGGCGCAGAUGACGACGACUUCGGCGCCAACGACGAUGACUGGGGAGUCUACCGCACCGUCGCAACAGGCGACCAAAGCGACGAAGAGGAAGAAGAAGACCUAGGCGGCGCUCUCACCAACCUCGAAAACGAGCUCCUCGAACACGACCCCGACUUUACCGAAAACCACACCCUAGCAGCCCAAUCCGACUGGACAAAGAGCAUGGUGCACGUCUUCCUGCGGGGUCCCUGGCCAUUCGACCCCGAGAGUCAACGCGAGGCACACCAGGUGCACCUAAACGUGGAGCGCAUCCGAGUGCCAGAGGUGGUGUUUAAGCCGUCGAUCGCCGGGAUCGACCAAGCGGGGCUGGUCGAGGUGGCAGCGGACAUUGUCAAUCAGCGCUUCUCGAGGGGCGAGGACCGACAACGGCUGCUGCGGGAUGUGUUUUUGACAGGUGGGAACACCGUUUUUCAGAAUUUCGAUGAACGAUUUAGGCAGGAUUUCCGUGAGCAUCUGGCAGAUGAUGCGGAGUUGGUGGUUAGACGGGCUGGGGAUGCAGUGUUAGAUGCAUGGAGGGGUGCGGCACAGUGGGCUUCGCAGGGUGAGUUGGGGAGGGUGUCGAUAUCCCGGCAGGAGUAUUUGGAGAAGGGGAGUGAUUAUCUGAAGGAACAUGAACUGGGCAACGCGAUGUCGUGAAAAGUUACUCGGACAUGCUGGAUACCGUACUCUAGUACUUUACUUCCGAUAUAGGAUAGAAAAAUCUUCAAUGGCAAAGUCAGAGACACGCAGAUAUCCAGAAAUAGGCCAUAGACUCUUCUGUGCUACCCC